AUGGUGGACCUGUUCAUGGACAAGAUCCUGGUGAAGAACAACAAGGACCGCGACGAGCUGGACACGGAACGCGAGAUCGUUCUGCGCCUGCAGAACCGCAUCCUCAUGCUGUUCUUCGGCGCGUGGGACUGCGAGCGGUGCCAGGAGUUCGCGCCGACGCUCAGCGACUUCUUCAAGCACCUGACGGACGAGUUCUACGUGGAGCGGGCCGCCCAGCUGGUGCUGAUCUUCGUGUCGCUGGACGACUCCGAGGACCAGCAGGACAAGUUCCUCAAGGAGCUGCCCAAGCGCUGCCUGUUCCUAAACCACGAGGACCCCUACAGGAAAGAGCUGGGCGAGAUGUUCGAUGUGGACGAGGUCCCCAGGGUGGUGGUGGUGCGCCCGGACUGCUCGGUGCUGCUGUCCAACGGCGUCGCGGAGAUCACCGACCUCGGCACCGACUGCUACCGCAACUGGCAGGAGGCGUCCGAGAUCAUCGACCGCAACUUCGAGCUGCACGAGGAGUUCGACGAGAACAAGACGCGCAGCCUGACCGACCCGCUGCGGCGGAUGAAGUACAAAGUGGAGGACGAGAAGAAGAAAAAGAAGAAGAAGAAGGAAAGGAAGGAGGAUGAUGAGGACAACAAUGAGACAGAGAAGAGCCCUUGGUAG